AUGGUGUUUGGCCAGGUAGCGUACCUUUCUCCUCAGGCAACGGUACAGCGAGCCAAGCUUAAAACGGGUACAACCAUCUUAGUGCUCCCUGUGGAAGCAGCGGAUCAUGGAAAAGGCUCGAGUGAUGCUGAAAAGGCUGUGCGUUCUUCUGUUGCUGCCACCGUGACAGCUCGUGCUGCUGCUUCCGUAACACUCCCUGCUGCUGCUUCAGCGAGCCGCAUCGACUACAGCAAAUGGGACCAUUUCCCUUCCAGCAGCGACGAGGAGGAGGAAGAGGAGGAGAAGCGGAGGAAAGAAAGGAGCAAAGUCCAGAGUAUUUCUGCUGGCGCUGCUGCCAGUGCCAGCACUUGCCUUCCUCGGCUUUUCGGGACUCUAUGGGAUGAGCUGCCACUUCCAAAUCCUCACGCAUUGACAUGGGAACCACAAGAUCAGCCGAUGAUGGACAAGCGGAAAGGACGGAGGCCAGAGAGGGCCAGAGCUGAUGAGUAUCCAGAGAAGCUUCAGCUGCUGUGUCGGGCGGACAUGGUUCACUACCUGGACGUGAGAGACGCGUGGGGCCUUGCUGUGUGCGAGUGCUGCUUCGACCGCUCUGUGAGCCAGCGCACGAAGCACGCCCUCAUCAUGACCAAUCCCAAAGACUUCCGAUACCACCUGCGAGAAACACAGCCUUUCUCCAUCCCCCUCGCUCCCAACCGUUUGACCCGAGCUAUGUAUGAGUUCUCAUCAAAGGUUCCCGUGCCAGAGGCAGCAGCGCGGCUGGGAGUGCCGCCUCACAUGCACUUUCCACUCAAGUGUGACGUGGCCCCUUUGCUCUGUGCGGAAAUGAUGAUUCUUGAGUGGAUGGCUGAGCCUCGUGUGGGCGUGCUCAUGGAUCUGGGGAGGAUCAGAUCCUGCCUGCCUGAAAUUCUAAGUGACAUUCCAAUGGGACCCGCGCCUGUCAACACAAUCCCUGUCAACACAAUCCCUGUCAACACCAACCCAGUGAUUGCAGUCUUCACAUAUCGUGCUGCCAGCAUUCUGCGGUGGGCUCGCACCUACGGGUCUGAUAUCGUCCCCGCCAGUCAGUGCUGUAAGGAAAACCCACAGGGGAAGGUCCGGCCCAUGCGUCACCCGCUUCGGGACCUUCCGAGCCUGCUGGUCAGACUCGGUGCCAUCCCUAAGCCUGUGGACCAAGACAGCUUCGCCUGGGAGUAUGAGGAGUGGCCUCAGGGCGAUGAAGUUGCUGCAAAGCUUCCUAAUGACCCCAGUGCGAAAUUCUUCCACCUGGGGAUUGUGGAGGAAGCGAGGGGGACAGCAGGGGAGUGUGGGGCAGGAGGAGAGAAGGGCGGACAGGGAUCAAAUGCAGCAGGCAAGACUGGGACCACGAAGGGGAAAGGAGGAGACAAAGGGAGGGGCAAGCAGGAGGGAAGGAGCAGAGGGCGCGGGGGAGAAGAGAGGGUUCGAGGAGUGGAGUGUGACUUAGACGAGAGGCUGCUGCAGCAGCUGCUGACAAAGCUGCGGCCGCUAUUGCAGAGGAAAUACCCCAUCUUUCGCUGCACUGCCGAUGCCGAGUUCCUAUUGGAGUUCGCCGGGCAUUUGGUCAAGCCACCUGCAUGCGCUCAGUGCAAGCCCUGCCUUGCUGUCUACAGCCGUAGCAUCCCCUUCCUCACGCUCAUCGCCAAUUACGCCUACCGACCUGCCUCCGUCCUUUUCAACCGCUUUGUAUCCCUCUUCCCGCCCCUCUCUCCCGAAUUCAACCGCGUCGCUGCUCGUAUGGGCGUGCCGCCUUUCCCUGCCGCCGUGCCGGGCUUUCUAAGGUCGGCCCUGCUGCACAAUCGGGCAGAGCUCGAUCCUGUGCUCUUCCUGUUGGCCGUGGCUCCCAAAUGGGCCGCCCCCAUUCUGGGAAUCACCGACCGCAAGGACCUUCACAGGCUGCGAGACGGAGAGGAAGAUGACGGGAGGGUGUGGGAGGAGGUGCAGAUGUGGUGGCUGGCCGUGGAGUUUGCAUGGACGGGCAGCAUGAAGCUCGAGGCCGAGACAUUGAGUGACAGGUGCAAGGAAGGAAAGGAGCGGGCCGGAAGGGAUGGAGCGCGGGGAGAGGAGAUUAUGAGUGACAAGUGGCGCGAGCUGUGGAAAAGGGCUGCCAUGCCUAGCCCUGCUACCGCCCUGCCGCCCCUUCUGCCCCUUCCACCCCUGCUGCUUCUUCCACCCCUGUUUCCUCGUCCGCUUGUGCUGCCGCUGCUGCCCCUUUCUCCCAUGCUGCUCCAUCCACCAGUGCUACACUAA